UACAAGGCAACAAACAAUGGAGCGCAACGAGAGUGACAAUGGCAGCAUCAACGUUGACGAUUACGACACACAACUUCUCCCUCAUCAACAAGGAACCUCAUCGUCUUCUUGGCGUCUCAACCUCGACAAGUUCCGCCUUCCCCAGCAGCAACGCCUAAACUCCGAUCACGAUUCUCUUUCUCGUCUCCUUUGAACCCCUAAGAAGCAGAGGAAGGUUUCAGAGUACUACAAAAAACAAGAAAGGCUCCUUGCAGGAUUUAAUGAGAUGGAAACCAUGAAUGAGAUUGGCUCUUUGCCUGGAAGCCUAACGGAGGAUGAAAUGGAGCAACUAGCAAUGAGUGAGAGGAUGGCAAUUAAUGUGUCCAACAUUGCUAACAUGGUGCUUUUUGCUGCCAAAGUUUAUGCAUCUAUCGCCAGCAGAUCUUUGGCAGUUAUUGCAUCAACUUUAGAUUCACUCUUGGAUCUUCUCUCAGGAUUUAUUCUUUGGUUCACAGCGUAUGCCAUGAAAACCCCCAAUCAAUAUCACUAUCCAAUCGGAAAGAAACGAAUGCAGCCCGUCGGUAUCAUUGUUUUUGCUUCAGUAAUGGCAACUCUAGGCCUACAAAUAUUGCUGGAGUCUGUCAGGGAACUUAUUGCUAAGUCUCACCCCAAGAUCCAUCACAAUCAAGAGAAAUGGAUGAUAGGUAUUAUGGUUUUCGUCACGGUGGUGAAGUUCAUCCUAAUGAUCUAUUGUCGGCAGUUCAAAAACGAUAUCGUUAGAGCCUACGCACAAGAUCAUUUCUUCGAUGUUGUUACCAAUUCGGUUGGUUUAGCAACAGCUGUUCUUGCUAUCCAAUUCAAAUGGUGGAUUGAUCCGACCGGAGCUAUCAUCAUAGCAUUAUACACGAUGAGUACUUGGGCAAGAACUGUGAUCGAGAAUGUAUGGUCACUAAUCGGAAGAACCGCCCCACCCGAUUUUCUAGCGAAAUUGACAUAUCUAAUAUGGAACCACCAUGAAGACAUACAACAUAUUGACACAGUUAGGGCAUAUACUUUUGGUUCUCAUUACUUUGUGGAGGUUGACAUUGUGUUGCCUGAAGACAUGCUGCUAAACAAAGCACACAACAUUGGUGAGAAACUGCAGGAGAAGCUAGAGCAGCUACCCGAAGUCGAGCGAGCCUUCGUGCAUAUCGAUUUCGAGUUUACACAUCGGCCUGAACAUAAAACCAUGGUCUGACGCUUGACCUUAGACAUGAUGCUUGCAUGCUGGUCUGAUUUACCAUGUUCAUAUAUUUGUUCAUCUACUGGUGUCUGUUCUCCUUGUAGUCUUGAAUGAAGCCUAAUUUUACUUAUC